CGUCCGCCAUAUUGAAUAAGGAAAUAAGAGUGGAAGAAGAGGAGGAACGUCCCGGAUGCAUGUAAACAUCCACGUCAACAGAAAGCGUAUUAAUGAAACAGUUAUAGGGGCACGGAAGAGCGUAAAUAUAGGGAUUAUCGGCUCUGGCGGAUGCACAGUUAAAAGACCGUUAAACGCGGUGGUGUUUUUAGGUUUGCGCGAACAAUGACUUCCCUCACGCAGAGAAACUCGGGCCUGGUGCAGAGACGGACCGAGGCCUCGCGUAGCGCCGCCGCCGCGGAGAAGGAGAAGAGCCCCGGCGAGGAUGAGCACGAGUCCCGCCGCGGAGAAGAGGACGAGGAAGACAAGGGAGACUCGAAGGAGACGCGGCUGACUCUGAUGGAGGAGGUGCUGCUGCUCGGCCUGAAGGAUCGAGAGGGUUACACGUCGUUCUGGAAUGAUUGCAUAUCUUCUGGACUGAGGGGCUGUAUGCUGAUUGAACUGGCCAUAAGAGGACGCUUGCAGCUGGAGGCGUCCGGGAUGAGGAGGAAAAGCCUGCUGACCAGAAAGGUGAUCUGUAAAUCGGACGCCCCCACCGGAGAUAUGCUGCUGGACGAGGCUCUGAAACACGUCAAAGAGACCCAGCCUCCGGAGACGGUCCAGAGCUGGAUCGAGUUGUUAAGUGGUGAGACAUGGAACCCGUUGAAGCUUCACUAUCAGCUGCGUAACGUCCGAGAGCGCCUGGCUAAGAACCUCGUAGAGAAGGGCGUCCUCACCACCGAGAAACAAAACUUUCUUCUGUUCGACAUGACUACACACCCCCUCACCAAUAAUAAUAUUAAGCAGCGCCUUAUUAAGAAGGUGCAGGAGGCCGUACUGGACAAGUGGGUGAACGACCCCCACCGAAUGGACAAGCGUCUUCUGGCCCUUAUAUUCCUCGCCCAUUCCUCUGACGUACUAGAGAACGCGUUCGCCCCGCUGCUGGAUGACCAGUACGAUCUGGCCAUGAAGAGAGUACGACAGCUGCUGGACCUGGAGCCCGAGGGCGAGAGCAUGAAGAACAACACCAAUGAGCUGCUGUGGGCUGUGGUGGCCGCCUUCACCAAAUGAAGCGGCUUCUGUGCGAUGAAAUGUAAAACGGUCGGACUGGCAAAAUCCGCUUUUGAGAAUUGGUUGACCAGGUGUGUCAAAACGGGAGUCUCAAGUUUUCUUUCCUUGUAGAUAUUCCUUCCUCGCUAAUCUCUCUGCAAGAUCUAUGAUUGGGUUUCUCGUUUUUGUUUUUUUUUUUUGAUAAGGGGACCGCUUUAUUUUGUCCUCGUCGAAUGCAACUGGGUACCUUCCCACCGUGGAGCGUUGGAACGUUUACCAUUUGCAUCGCCACGCGAAAUGGCUUUUUUAAAAUUCUUUUCUCGUCUAGACAGCUGCGUCGGGUGCCUAAUAGAUUUUUUGCAAUUGGAGAACUAAGCAAGCCCCUUGUUAUCCGUUUUGUGCGUUUAAUUAAAACUGAUCAAUCUGCGUGUGGUACGACUCAACAGAUGCUAAAGAAAUAAAGUACACUGCAGUGCAUCAUCA